AUGAACAGUAUCCGCGACAGUCAGUCAUCCUAUGGAGACCCUCGAUACUUAUCCACCAUGACAGCCUCCGACGCCCCGGCGCCAGUGCAGGGAAAGUCGCUUGUGGAUGGGUAUCGGGAUGCUCUGGAUCCCCAGCAUGAUGACCGCUCGCGGUAUAACCCGCUGAACCCGUCCCACCCGCGCAGCUCGGCUCUCCUGAACGCCAACGACCCCGUGACGAUGUACUUGUUGACCGAGACCGCCAUCGGAGAUAGUGUAGACUACGAAGUGCUAUCCUUGGAAGAGGUGGAGGAAUUGAAGAAAGAAAAGACGCUGCUGUCCAGUCGCAUCCAGGGCACGAAGCGGAAAUUGGCCCUGGAAACGAAACUCCGGGAUGCUGCCCAAUCGAUCGGCCGACUAUACAGCCCGCCUAGUCCGCGGAGCAGCGGCGAAUACGGUGCGAAUGGAGCCACACACCGCAGGAGCCGCAGCAUUUUCGGACGGAGCGGUGCUUCAGAGGCGCUGGACAAGAGUGACUCGGAGCUCGCGGCGAGCCAGCGGAAAUGCGAAGAGCUAGCUCAGGAAUUAUGGAAGCUGGAGACCAGAGCUCAAAAAAUCGAUCAACGCUUGCUGGAGCAUACCGCGGGUGUGCUGCAGAUGACACACAAGGGUCUGAAGAAGGGGCCCAAGAACCCUGCUCCUGCUGGCCCAGAAAGUAUGUACGACGCACACGACUUCGACGAUCGCAGUCUCUACCGGACGACGGAACAUUUGGAUAGCUUUGGUGUACACGGCAGAAUCGAGACAAGUGCCGCUGCGGCCUGGAACAUCGAAGCCAUGCAGGCUACUGAGAGACGACUGGAGGACCUCAGCGAGCGCAUACAUGAUAUGAUGAUCCAGUCUAACCCUGGUGAAUUCAUCGAUCCUCCACCCCAACCAGCUACGAAUGGAGGGCCGGUCAAUCCCACAGCAACAGUCGAUGCACACCUGGCAUAUAUCCAAAACGGCAUGAACAACAUCGUCUUACACACGGGCACCGAAGUUCCAGCUCCCACGGUUGUGAAUGAGGUAGCUCCAGAGGCCGAGAGCGCUUGGAAGACCAAACUCACUGAGAUCAACAAUCGAGUGCAGACUAUUGUUGACCGGUUUGGUUUGACACGUUCGCCGACAUUACCUCCGCCUCCUGAUGCUAACCACGGCGAUGGACUGGAGGAACAACUCUCUUACCUCCAAACUGGUGUUGAUGGUCUAGAGAGCCGUGUGGAUGGGGUCUUGGAACAAAAAAGCAUUCUGACAACCCAAAUUCAACAGCAGCGCGAGCUCAACUCCAAGUCAGAUGCUGAGCGAGAUGCCCAUAUCGGCGACUUGACUGAACAACUGACCCAUGUGCGCAGAGACCUCGAGGUCUCCGAGCGCGAAAGCAACGCCAACCGCGAGGAGCUAGCUUCAGUCACCGAACAGCUCGAUGCAAUGCGUCACAGUGGCUCCUCCCACGAAGAAGCCAAGGCGGCUCUUGUCCAGGCAGAGGGCGAAGUUGCGCGCCUACAGAGCGUUGUUGGCUCAUUGCAUCUCGAGUCAGAUGCCAGAAUUAACGAAGUCAGUGACGCUCGCGAUGCGCAGGAUCACGCCGAGGCCGAGGCCAAGCGCCUAAAGGAUGCCAUUGAAUCUCUGGAGAGAGAGACACAGACCCGGGCCUUAGAAGUCAGUGAUGCUCGUGAUCGCGCAGAAGGGGAAGUCCAACGCCUCAACAUCCUCGUUGAAACGUUGCAGCAUGACACCAGUGCCAAGUCCAAGGAGGCUAGCGAUGCUCGUGACCGCGCCGAAGAAGAAGUGGAGCGACUGGGAGCCGUCGUCGAAACGAUGCAGCAUGAGCAUGCUGCCCAGACCGAAGAGUUGAAGGAAUUGCUGCUCCACGCGGAAAGCGAGGUGAAGCGUCUGCAGGAGGUUAUUGAGUCUAUGGAAACCGACUCGGCCGCCCACUCUGAAGCCAGAACCGCCCGCGAUCAUGCUGAGAGCGAAGUGACUCGCCUGCAAGCUGUCGUUGGAUCGAUGGAAACCGAUUCGGCUGCUCAUUCCGAAGCCAGAGCCGCCCGCGAUCAUGCCGAGAGCGAAGUGACUCGCCUGCAAGCUGUCAUUGAAUCUAUGGAAACUGAAUCGGCCGCCCACUCCGAAGCCAGAGCCGCCCACGAUUAUGCUGAGAGCGAAGUGACCCGCCUGCAAGUUGUCAUUGAAUCGAUGCAAAACGACAGUGAUGCUCAAACCAGAGAGAUCCGGGAGUCUCGUGACCAAGCGGAAAGUGAAGUCAAGCGUCUUGAGGACAUCAUUGACUCGCUGCAGAACGAUACUGCCGUCCAGCAUGAAGAUAUCAGAAACGCCCGUGACCAUGCGGAAAGUGAAGUCAGCCGCCUGCAGGUUGUCAUGGAAUCAAUGAAGCACGACAGCACUGCUCAGGCCGAGGAGGCAAGAAAUGACCGUGACCGCGCCGAGAGCGAGGUGAAGCGUUUGCAAGAUAUCAUUGAAUCGUUGCAACACGACACCAGCAAAGACGGUGAAGCACUGGAAGCUCGUGAGCGUGCAGAGCAAGAGGUCGCCCAGCUAGAAGCCGCCAUCCAACAAAUCCGUAACCAAUCCGAUGCACGCAUUAAGGAGGCAGAUGAUCAGCGCGCGCAGUCGGAGGCCAAUAAAGCUCGCCUGCAGAACGAGAUGACCGAGCUCGAAGGUGAGAUUGUGCGGGUUACUACCGAACUCACUAUGGCCAAGGCAGAGCUGGACGGUGCCUAUGGUACACGGGCCGAGCGUGCUGCCAAGGUUGCUUCCAACCCCAGUGUUCAGAAAGAAAAUGAUGCUCUGGUCACCCGGAACAUUGAGCUCACCGAGGAACUUGCUCUGUUCAAGAGCCAGCGGGGAGGCGGGGAUCUCCAGCAACGGGCGGAUACUCUCGAGAGGGAGCUUCGCGAAACCAUUGAUGACUAUGAAGCCAUGACCAAGGCCAGCAUUGAGUUCGAAAAGGAACGUGAGCGCUUUGAAAGCUUCAUUGAUAGUCUCCGGGACCGUUGCGAACAGCUGGAAACACAGCUGGCAGAGGAACGUAUUAGCUGGAUGAACUUGAGCAGUCCCACGUCGGUGGGCCGAGAGGGCACUUACGAGACGACAUCGACAAUGGUUCUUAAGAAUGAAUUCAAGAAGAUGAUGCGUGACACGCGUAACGAGAAUAUGAAGAUCUUGAGGGCCGAACAAGAAGAGCGUCGUAGAAUCGAAGGAUUGCUGCGAGCCCUAAGAAAGGAACAUGCGCAGGUGACUGGCAAGAUGCCCAGCUCCGGCGGUACUCCGUUAUGA